UUCUAUUUUUUAACCAGUUUCUAAUGUAUACAAUGUACCUGUGGUAAUCUGUAUCUUCCAAUGUAUUUAUCCUAGAAUUAAAGCGACGUUUCAUGACCGAAAACCCACACCUACAACCAAAAACUACACAAAUUUGAGUUGUCCAAAUUGACUAGUCUAGUCGAUGCCUCUUUAUCUUUCUAAAUCCUUCUCUUGUUUGCAUUUUUCCGCGUCUGCAUGCAGCAUCAGCCAACCGUGCCAUGUUCGUACUAUACACACCGGUCAAGGUGAUAGAAAUUUCAUAUGGCAUACUUUUCAAACAACAAGGCUAGUCUAGUAAAUUUCCAAAUGGGGUCCUCACUGUCUAUAAAUUGAAGCCAUUUUCAGCCACAAAUCCUCAAAAUAUCUCAACCUCAACCAUUUAGUAGUAAUAAUUACAGAGAAAAAGAUCAUGGAGAAGAUGAGCGCUUUGGUGGUGUUGAUGAUGUGCAUGGUGGCAAGUGCUAGUGCGCAGAGUGCGAGCAAUGUGAGAGCAACAUACCAUUUGUACAAUCCACAGAAUAUCAAUUGGGACUAUAACGCUGCCAGCGUCUACUGCGCAACCUGGGACGCCAACAAGCCCUUGGAAUGGCGUAGGCAAUAUGGAUGGACUGCAUUUUGUGGACCUGUUGGGCCUCGUGGCCAGGAGUCUUGUGGCAAGUGCUUGAGGAUGCAAAUAUAUCCAGUUUUCUUUUGAGAGCUAGAAAGGGCAUAAUGAUGGGCUGUACAUUAAUUUAUGGAUCCUGUGCAGGUGACCAACACAAGGACACAAGCCCAAGUAACGGUGAGAAUUAUGGAUCAGUGCAGCAAUGGUGGGC